ACUGAGUAAAGUAGCAGUAACAUCACUGAGUAAAGUAGCAGUAACACCACUGAGUUAAGUAGCAAUAACACCACUGAGUACAGUAGCAGUAACACCACUGAGUACAGUAGCAGUAGCGCCACUGCACCGCAAGUCAUUCAUCCUGUCAUCUCCAGCGCUCACUUUUCCCUUUACUAGCGGGUCUCACGAUGUUGCAUCACAAGAAUUCUUCUCUCCCUCCCUCCUCUCCAGUCUAUAUUUAUUCUCAUCAAUGUCUAAGCUCUUAUUUUUUCGUCUUCAAGACUCAUAAAUUCUGAAUAAUACAAUUAACCAGCUCUUUAUUUCUUUUGCUGCUGUGAGUCAAGAGGGGGUGAUGCCACAGGUCUGCAAACAACGAGGACGUUCCAGGUCAUCCUCAGACAGGACGCCUUGUUUAUCCAUUCUUCUCCCCCGGAUUUCCUCGUGAGGGUGGGUCCUGGUGGGGUAUAUAAAGGUGGCAGAGAGCCUGCCAGGGCAUCAGUUCCCUCCUUCCUCUUCUCCCGAAAGCAUCUAAAAUGAGGUCCCUUCUCUUAGUGGGUGUGGCUCUGGUGGGCGUGGCUACGUCUCUGCCACGCCUCGUCAAGAGAGAUUCCACGCCCUUCGCCUAUGAGCUGCCAUCCAACGCUUCCUUCAUCGUCGGUCCCAUCAUCACAGGCUUUGACUGCGCCACCAGAUCUUACGGUUAUUACGCUGACCAGGCCAACGCCUGUGCCAUCUUCCACAUCUGUUUUCCCUAUGUGGAUGCCGACGGCAACUCUCAGAUGAGGAUGUUCUCGCUUCUCUGUGGUGAAGGAACCAUCUUCGACCAGUCGACGCUGACGUGCAACUUCCCCACACACGCCCUGCCCUGUGACGCCGCCUCCUCCCUCUAUAACAUCAAUGAUUAUUUUGGUCGCGAGGACCGCCAGUUCCGGGACGGUUUAAAUGGUAUUUACUAGAGUCACCAGAAGGACCAUCCACGCUCUCAGCUCCUGCCUGUGAUGCUCUCCCUCUGAGGCAGGACCAUCCACGCUCUCGUCAACCACUUCAGGCAAAACCCGUAAUAUUUUCAUCUGCUUGGGGCACUGCUGGAUCUACUACUGUCUGAGCCUCGCUUCACACAGCUUCACACACUGGAGAAACUUUUCAUCUGCAGGCAGUGAUGUUUUAUUGUGUGUGUGUGUGUGUGCACUGAUGAUGUGCAGUUGCACAGAAGCUUAUUAGCAUAAGUUACGAACCCUGUUAGAGAAUUUUGUUUU